CCCAGGCCUGUCCCUGAAGCCACCUCCCGGGUUCCGCCCGGCUUCCCAGACUCUAACCGCGCCUCCUCGCUCUCAGCACCCCGGUUCCACCACGCUUUCCCGCCGUGGGCCCGCCCCUCCGGGGGCGGAGCUGCGCCAGGGGCGGCCCCGGGGCGUGGCCGGGUUCCGGGAGUGCAGGUGCAGCUUCCGCGUCAAGAUGGCUGCCGCCUAUGGCUCUUCGCCCUGCCUCGCCCCCGGCCUCCUUUGCCGCCUGCCUGCCAGGGCCCAGCUGCUGCGCGUUGCCCUGUGCCUCCUGUGCUGGGCCCCGGCGGCCGUGGACGCCGUCCCUGAGCUCGGGCUUUGGACGAGGACGGUCAAUGACAAAUCAGGACCUUUGAUAUUUAGGAAAACCAUGUUUAACUCUACUGAUAUCAAGUUUUCUGUGAAGUCGUUCAGUUGUACUGCACCUGUGAAGUUUACCAUAGAGUGGUAUUUGAAGUAUCACACCUGUCACAACGAAUACCCUGGCCUGGAGGAGGAGCUGUCCCAAAAACUUGAACUUAAUGCUGAUAUGGACUUCUGUGCUUAUUUCAAGAACAUAGACUGUUGGACAACAAAAAGUGAAAACUUAGAUUGCAGCAGUGAUUUACAGGCAUUUCCCUCAUUAACUAAUAAAGAGCUAACAGGCAGCAGAAAUGUUUCAAGCCAAGAAGGAUCAACGGAUGUUGUAGCCAGGACCCAGAAAGACGGCUUCCAUAUCUUCAUCAUUUCUAUUAAAACAGAAAAAACAGAUGCAACCUGGAAUUUGAAUGUUUCUCUUUCUAUGGCGGGGCCUCAUGGAUACAUCUCUGCAUCAGACUGGCCUCUAAUGAUUUUUUACAUGGUGAUGUGUAUUGUUUACAUAUUGUAUGGUGUCCUCUGGCUGAUGUGGUCUGCCUGUUACUGGAAAGAUAUAUUAAGAAUCCAGUUCUGGAUUGCAGCUGUUAUUUUCCUAGGAAUGCUUGAAAAGGCAGUUUUUUAUAGUGAAUACCAAAACAUCAACAGCACUGGACUGUCAACCCAAGGUUUACUGAUAUUUGCAGAGUUAAUAUCUGCAGUUAAGAGGACAUUGGCUCGCCUACUUGUGAUCAUUGUGAGCUUGGGUUACGGCAUUGUGAAGCCUCGGUUAGGAACAGUCAUGCACCGGGUGAUCGGACUGGGACUGCUUUACUUGAUCUUUGCAGCCAUUGAAGGCGUCAUGAGAGUCAUUGGGGCGAAUGACUCUGAUCUUGUUCUCCUGGCCAGCCUGCCUCUCUCUCUCCUUGACUCGGGCUUGUGCUGGUGGAUUUUUAUAAGUUUGGCACAGACUAUGAAGACUCUAAGGCUAAGAAAGAACACAGUGAAAUUUUCAUUGUAUAGGCAUUUUACAAAUACACUCAUCUUUGCUGUGCUAGCUUCUAUAGUGUUUAUGGUGUGGACAACAAAGACCUUCAGAAUGGCAAAAUGCCAAUCAGAUUGGAUGGAGCUCUGGGUUGAUGAUGCAUUUUGGAGCUUCCUCUUUUCACUCAUCCUUCUUGUGAUAAUGUUCUUAUGGAGGCCAUCAGCAAAUAAUCAGAGGUAUGCCUUCAUGCCUUUGAUAGAUGAUUCUGAUGAUGAAGUUGAGGAAUUCAUGGUAACAUCUGAAAAUUUAACUGAAGGAAUAAAACUAAGAGCCUCAAAAACAGUUUCGAAUGGAACAGCUAAACCUACUUCUGAUAAUUUCGAUGAAGAUUUGAAGUGGGUGGAAGAAAAUAUUCCCUCUUCAUUCACAGAUGUAGCUCUUCCAGUGUUAGUGGACUCAGAUGAGGAAAUUAUGACCAGAUCUGAAAUAGCUGAAAAAAUGUUCUCUUCAGAAAAGAUAAUGUGACUGGGACCUGCAGUUGAGUGAUGGGAAAAGCUGGUCUCAUCAAAGCUGACGGCUUCACUAUGAUACAUGUUUUAUUGUGUUGUCAUGAAGAUCUGUGUAUGCAAAUGAAGAAUUCAGGUGUGGGAGGGUCCGCCACCCUCUUAAAGCCAUCUUUAAAACUGACUCAUAAAGUCAGUUUAAUUGCCAUUAAGUUACCUGAAUUUGGAAAUAAUUUGAUACAUCUUAACCAAGUGUACACAGAGGCAUGUUAGGUGACAGCUACAGGCAUGCAGAUUUGGGUCUCACAUUUUCUCCAGAAAAAAGAAUUUGUAGCUGGGCAUGGUGGCACAUGCCUGGCAGUUGAAUCUCUCUGAAAUCAAGGCCAGCCUGGUCUACAUAAUUCAAGGACAACCAGAGGGAGCUACUGAGUGAGACCCUGUCUCAAAAAACAAAACAAAAAAUGGAAAAGAUUCUCUAUGACCACUCCUUCCCUCGCACCUUCGAGAUUGAUUCUCCUGAAUGCUCCACAGCAGUGUUCAUCUUUUGUAGUGAUAACUUUAUUCAAUUUUUUUAUACUGAAGUGACAUAAUAUCGGAACGUGAGCAUGUUCAUAUGUUUUAUCUUGUCCCCUCUGUUGGGUGUACACAAAACUCUUAUUUGUAAAUACCACCAUGCACUGCAUGUCAUGGAGUGUGAGCUCAGGGGAACACAAGUGCACAAAGAGAGACGUCUUGAGGAUACAUCCAAAGAUUUGCAGGCUAUGGGUACACGUGCUGCUGCUAAUUCCGCUGUGACCCCUGGCCAUGUGGCUCCCCAAAAGCACUUUCUUCCCAGCCUCUUGGUGCACCAUUCCUUGUGAGCCUUGUGGGAACUUGCACAGUAUCAGGUUGGCUACACGUUCUCGGUGUUUUCCGUUUCAGGAUAAAAGCAUCUAACUAUACCAUGCAUCAACAUGUAAUUAACCAGCCCUCAAUCAUAUUUUACACCUUGUUUUGUUAAAUUAUGUUCAUAAUAUAUGAUUGAAAAUUUCUAUUCUAAUGUUUUUUUAAAUAUAGAAUGUUGUAAACUUGAAAGGCACUUGAAUGUAGUUUGGAAAUGUGAAUGCUUUGCUCCUCUCAUGACCAAAGACACCAGGCUGGCAGACAUUUAGUGAUGAAAGGCAGGGUCUACGGCUUUUCUCUGGAGGACUUCUGGCCUUGUGAAUUAGAAUAAUUUGGAAUAAUUGAGAAAACAUGAAAAUAUGACCAGGAACACUUAACUACAACCUCGAGAUUUUCACUUUGAUGCCACAAAACAACCCUUUCUUUGAAAAGCUUACUCUUCUGAGUUUAUUUCCUAUGUACUCAUUCCAUAGGGGUUGGUAGAGAUACAUUUCCGUAGUUGUAUCUCUUGAAAAUUUCCCAUAGUGGACACUGGGAAAUUGUGUGGUGUUGGCAGCCCUGGUGGAGAGAGGCUGGUUUGCAGCCCCCUUGCUUCCUGGUGCUUCCCAGGGGAGAGUGGCCAAUUCAGCCAUGGUGGGGCCAUUGCUUCUGUCAGUUUCUGCCAAAGUGAUGGGCUUCUCCUGUCCACUAUGCGUCCCUGCAUGCUUGUAUGUUUUGGCUUUGGCGUAGUCCACCUUCUAACCCAGUUGUUUGAGAACUGGAGACACCCUUGCAGGAUAUGGGUCGGGGGCUGAAGGGUGCUGCGGUAGCCCAGGCUGAUUGACAUUAGACUUGUGACCCUCUUGCUAAGAUUGCAGGCAUGCACCACUGAAGCCCACUUCACAUUUCUAUUUAAUAUCCUGCCUUCAUGGGAUGAGGCGGUUGACCCACAACCCACACGCCUGCAGUUGAUAUUUCUGCUUAUAACUAGCAGGGGUUACACAUUGAGUGGGUCGAGGGGGGAGGAGUUGCUGGCCAGGGAAAUGCUUUUGAUACCACGUCAGUAAUGUUUAAAAACAAAAAAACAAAUAAACCAGGAAAGACAAAUGAUGCUGCCUCUGGCCUAGCUCCAGGUUGAAAUGAACACUUUUCUUUUCAUCCAGAGAGAGUGGAGUUUCAUCUUGACAACCUCACUAGAAAUGUUUUGAAAGGGUGUGUGGUGUCUGUUGCAUUUAGUGAUAAUUGUGCCAGGUGCUAAUGUUUAGUGACCUGUGUUGAGCUUUUCUUGAGGGGCCUUCUUAGCCCCUGCCUGUGUCCCUACAAUGUCGGUGUAGUUCACAGGGACUACCGGUCCACCCAGGGCUACCGUGCAGCUCUUCAACCUCCUUCCCCAUCUGCUCCGAGGCUCCAGACAACGUUGGGACUUCCAGGUGCCCAGCUCAGUUUGCUCAAGAUGCUGUUGGACAGACCUCCCCUUUAGUUGAGAGGUCUGGGGAUAAGGCUCCAGUUUUGUGCUCAAAACUUCUUGUAAUACAGUUCAUGUUAGAUUUUGAUGAUGUAUGAGGUUUGCUUGAGACAUUUUUCAUGAUUUGAAUUAGGUUAAUAUUUAAAUAUGUGCCUUCCAGGGUAGUUAGAAUAUUUCAGUAAGAAACGAAAGAUGGAAGUUGUAAGCUUGGGAGGUGGUAGGAUGCCCCCAUGCUUUUCCUGUUUGUUUGUUUUUUGGAUUUUGUUUUGUUUAACUUUUCCUAUCCUGUGGAAAGUGCCACCUUUUCCUCUGGAUUAUGGUACAUCGUAUUUAGAUUACAAUAAUGUCAAGACUUGGCUUAAAGUGUACAUACAAAGUUAAUUUGUAUACCCUUUUUCAAGGAGGUUUGGGGCUAUUGACCUGGCUGUCUAUGACUAAAGCUAAGAGAGGCCAUGCUAGGUUCUGAUACUCAUGUCUGUGAGUGAUUGACAGCAUGCAGUAAGCAAUACAAAACACCAAGCCUUACAACUGUCAGAGGAAGUCUAAUAUACAAAAUUCUGAACAUAUAAAUGUAUUUAAGUGACAAAAAUAGAUUUUUUAAGGAAGUGUAUGUCAUAGGACAGGAACUCAAUACUGUAUUAAAGCUUCUUUAGAACUAGGAAAACAUUCAUUCUUUGGGGAGAAAGUUUAGAUGUUAAAAAUAUAUUCACUAUUUAAAAAGAUUAAGUUAUUAUUUGGGAGAAAUUUCCUUGAAUAUAUAAAAGCAAUUCAAAGAACUUUUGUUUGAAAAACUUGUAUUUUUAUGCCUUAAUAUUUGUUUUUUGUAAUAAAUUGCUUUCUGAUGUUUGAA